AUGAUAGCCACCACAAACCUCUUCCAGGACUCAACCUUCCGCCGCCACCUCAUGGCCAUUCACAAUGAUGAGGCCAUUGCCCUGCUGGAAGGCUGGGGUGUGAAGUAUGUGCUCCUGGACGAAAUAAGGAAGCCGAUGGUGCAGGACAGCUUUUACGUGCGACACCAGCUCUACGCGCAUAAGUUUCCGUACAUUCCCGACCCUGUCACCGAUGCUUACUACGGCGACGCCGACUGGAAUUGGAAGGGAACUGAGAAAAUUGACUAUACACAGCACGGUGCGGAAACGAAGGAGACUCGGAAUGACUUCCGGAGCUUAUGGUCAUCUGCGGUUAGGGAAGCCGCCGGUACGUCGGCCGUGAAAGCGAGCAAGCUGGCGCCGUCUUAA